AUUCAAACCUUGACUUGGAAAUGGAUUUCUCAAACAUUAAAAAAAAAAAAUGAAUUUCGGAUGAUUUAACUUCGAAAUAAGGAUUUACAAAGACGAGUGGAGGAAGCAAUUUUCCGAGUCCGUUGGAUGAAUCAUAGAUACAUUCGUUCUCUAAGUUUUUGGGCCUGGGCCCGUUUUAUUUACUAAGAAAAAAAAUCCAACAAAAAAAAGAAAUGCAAAUUUGAAUGCCCGGUCUCAAUCAUCGGCGUUCACCGGCACCGUCGUCUUCACUUGCCAACCGUCUUCUGCGCCACAGCAUAAUAAUCUGAGUAGAAUAGAAGAACUGAAUUCAAUAGAAUGGGUAGCAAGAGUAGGAAAGGGAGAAGGCGAAGGAGAUCCGAUGAUUCUUCAUCGGAGUCACCUUCUUCGCCCUCCGGUGACGAUUCGGACAGCCUAGAUUCGUCGUCGUCGGAGAGACGCCGGAGAGAGGGUCAUCGAAGCCACCGUCAAUCGCGGCGGGGUCGGAGCCGGCAGGACUCGGAUAAUACCUCUGAUGAGAGUGGUGAUAGGGGUGGGAAGAAGAAGUCGUCCAGGCACAUCACUGAAGAGGAAAUAGCACAGUACUUGGCCAAAAAGGCUCAGAGAAGGGCAUUGAAAGUAGCUAAGAAACUGAAGACUCAUACUGUGUCCGGGUAUUCAAAUGACUCAAAUCCAUUUGGUGACUCUAAUCUUAACGAGAAGUUUGUUUGGCGGAAGAAGAUUGAGCGUGAUGUUGUUCAAGGUGUGCCUAUUGAUGAGUUUUCGGUUAAAGCUGAAAAAAAGAGACAGAGAGAAAGGAUGGCAGAAAUUGAAAAGGUGAAGAAAAGAAGAGAAGAAAGGGCACUUGAGAAGGCACGGCAUGAAGAAGAAAUGGCACUGUUAGCUAGAGAACGUGCACGAGCUGAGUUCCAAGACUGGGAGAAAAGAGAAGAGGAAUUUCAUUUUGAUCAAAGCAAGGUUAGAUCGGAGAUUAGAUUGCGUGAAGGGCGUGCUAGGCCAAUUGAUAUCCUAACCAAGCAUCUCAAUGGCUCUGAUGAUUUGGAUAUAGAAAUAAAUGAACCGUACAUGGUUUUCAAGGGUUUGACGGUAAAGGAAAUGGAAGAGCUUCGUGAUGACAUCAAAAUGCAUCUAGAUCUUGACAGGGCCACACCCACCCAUGUAGAAUAUUGGGAGGCACUUCUUCUGGUGUGUGAUUGGGAGCUAGCUGAAGCUCGAAAAAAAGAUGCAAUUGAUCGAGCUAGGGUGCGUGGUGAAGAACCUCCUGCCAAGCUACUUGCAGAAGAAAGGGGUCUACAUUACAGUGUUGAGCCAGAUGUGAAGAGGCUUUUACAGGGGAAGACACAAGCAGAAUUGGAAGCUUUACAGGUGCAUAUAGAGUCAGAGAUGCGUACUGGUACAGCAAAGGUGGUUGAGUACUGGGAGGCAGUUUUAAAACACCUCCACAUAUAUAAGGCCAAGGCUUGUUUAAAGGAAAUCCAUGCAAAGAUGUUACACAAGCACUUGCAACGCCUUGAACAACCAUUGGAGGAUGAAGAUGAAUUCGAAGAUGCUCAAGUUAGAAACUCUGAGGAAGAUACAGAGCAUUAUGUUAAAGUCCAAUCUGCAGAUGAAUCAUUUUCACCAGAACCCAUUAAAGGUGAAGUUCAAGAAGCUGAAGAUCAGGCUGGCUCAUUUUCACCAGAACUGUUUCACGGUGAUGAAAAUGAGGAAGCCAUUGACCCUGAAGAGGACAGAGCUUUAUUGGAGCGGAAACGUAUGGCUGUCAAGGAAGUGCAGCAGAGGCGAAUUCAGGAAGCAAUGGCAUCAAAGCCUGCUCCAUCUGAAGAUAAUUUUGAGAUGAAGGCCAUGAAAGCUAUGGGAGCUAUGGAAGAUGGGGAUGCCGUGUUUGGCUCUGGUGCUGAAGUGAAUCUAGAUUCCCAGGUUUAUUGGUGGCACGACAAAUACAGGCCCAGGAAGCCAAAGUAUUUCAACCGUGUUCACACUGGAUACGAAUGGAACAAAUAUAAUCAGACUCAUUACGAUCAUGACAAUCCACCUCCAAAGAUUGUACAAGGGUAUAAAUUUAACAUUUUCUACCCAGAUCUUGUAGACAAGACAAAAGCUCCAACUUACACAAUUGAGAAGGAUGGCAGCAACGGCGAGACUUGCAUCAUAAGAUUUCAUGCAGGGCCACCAUACGAAGACAUUGCUUUCCGCAUUGUAAACAAAGAAUGGGAAUAUUCUCAUAAGAAAGGUUUUAAGUGCACAUUUGAACGUGGAAUUCUACAUGUGUACUUCAAUUUCAAACGCCACCGCUACCGCAGAUAAUUCAGGCACUGUCUUACAUUCUGGUUUUCUCUACGGGUUGGUUACCAUUUUGGAGAGUAAGGUGUAUCCGUGUAUGUUAAGCUGCUGGUGCUAGAGUUUCUUUUAGAUAUUUGGAGGAAUUAUCCAACCAACAUUGAGCAAAUCCUGAUUAUUGUACUUUUGGUGAUACAUUUGACAUGAAAGUUAAAUGUUGAAAGAAUUUGUGGUGGAUAGAACAACAUGAUGAACCUUGUUCCGAGCAAACACAUACGGUUUUCUCUGUUC